CCAGUGCAAUGUAUAAUAUCUUUAGAAAGAAGAUAUGACGUGUGGUAUUAUCAGAAAAUCGGGUAAAAGUGAGAUGUGUGUAAUUGAUCUGGAUCAAGCCGACUCGUUAAGAUAGCCUCCAUAGUCGUCAUCGAGGCGCUAAUACAGACCCUGCAUGCACAUUCCAGAGAUCCUUGGCUCAGUAUCACCACCAUCGCCACUAACGAGCACAAGGUCAUUAACUGUUACAUAUUUCACCACGAGGCAUGCGGGGUGCGGGUGGGUCAGCAGUGAUGGGUGACGCGUGGCAGCGUGCUGGUAUCGAGUGCGGUGGUGUUUGUCUGGUUGUCUGGCAACACGAGGUGACACUCUACGAUAACUGAGACCGCCACGGCUGCUAAUUCCCCCUCAUCCUCACACCACUCACACCUGACCAUUCUUCAUCCACAGUCCAGCUUUUAGUGCCUAUCUUACAAAGCACCACACGGCCUCAUUGCUACGCUGCUAUAGUAAACCAAGCACCAACCAUUCCAGCAUCUCUCCCCGCCGCCUGACACCCAGCAGUAUCUCCCCAGCCUGUUUUGUCACGUCUCCCUCUCUCCCCCAAUACGUCGAACCCCGUGAUCCUCACCAUCACGUGAUAGGAAGGCGGAUCUUGAGUAGGUUCUCCAGUGUGCGGCGCGGAUCGUGGUGGUGGUGAUGGUGGUGUGUAGAGGUACCCAAUCCUGCCCUCAACUUGAAGCUUCUGACGAAUCCUUAACAAUCUAGUGAAGGAGACGGUGACUGCCGCCUUCACUGCCUUCACCAUGUCCCUCAGCGCCGCCUCCACCUCCUCCUCGGGGUGUCCUGGCGGCAGUCUUAUGAAGGAUAUGGAUUCAAUCAGGGAGCGCCGCGCCAAGCUGCAGAGCAUCAUUCACUCCAUGCGACCCCCAGCCUUGACCCUGAACUCGUCCGACCUCAAGUCCUGUGACUCUCGUAGACUCGGGGACAAACUACACCUCUCCUCCUCCUCCACCCCUGACCCUCACCCCCGCAGGCCUCACAGGACCUCCAGCUUAAGGCCGUUCACCCAGCACCUGCCGGACAUAAUGAAGAGGGAGGGCAGCAGCCAGUCAGCACCUGAGGCUUCCAGGCAGCCAGCGUCCUUCAGUCGUCGCCCUUAUGAGACUGGGAGGAGCCGCCACAUGGUGUCUGAGGAUUAUAAGAGUGACGAGGACGCGGAGUACACGCAGGAGACCCUGGAGGAGAUCGUGCGGGGAAUCAAGAGCAACAGUAGGAAACGCCGACUGGAGAACACCAUCAGGGCUCGCAAGCUUCUGUCUAUUGAAGUCGGCCCACCUAUCAAGGAGUUCCUGAAGGCGGGCAUCCUCCGUCCCCUCAUCCCCUACGUGCAGCAGCAGGAGGAUUCGACUCUUCAACUGGAGGCAACCUGGGUCCUCACUAACUUGGCGUCUGGCACCGCCGCCCACACUGCUGCUGUCGUCGACGGAGGCGCGGUGCCGGUGCUGAUCGGGGCGCUGGCGGGCGGGGACGAGGAGGUGGCGGAGCAGGCGGCGUGGGCACUCGGGAACAUCAUAGGGGAGGAGCGCUACAGGAACCAGGUGGUGUCUGCCGGGGUGGUAACGCCUCUCCUCGCGGCACUCCACCACGGGCGAGCCUCCUCCUCCUCAACCUCCUCUUCCUCCGCCUCCUCUUCCCCCUCCAUAUCCUCCCCUGUAUCGUUGGUGCGCGUGGUGGCGUGGGUCCUCGCCAACAUCUUCCGCCACAAGGGCCUCGUGAUGGAGAAGCAGGAACGGCAGGCGUGCAUCGCUACCCUCAAGACGCUGCUCUCCCACCCGGAUUGCGAGGUCACCGUGGACGCGCUGUGGACCGUCAGCUACAUCGCGGUAGGGGACGAGGAGGGCCAGCGGGAGGCGGUGGAGGCGGACAUCCUUCCUGACUUAGUAACUCACCUAGGGGCCAAGGAGCGGCAGAAAGUCAUCCCAGCGCUGCGGGCGACGGGCAACCUGGUGAUGGGCAGUAACGACCUGACAGAUGCGGUGUUGGCGGCGGGAGUGCUGCCGCAUUACAGUCGCCUUCUGGUGUCGCCUCACCACAACUUGCGGAGGGAAGUGUCCUGGGCGCUGUCCAACGUCACCGCGGGCAACAGGAACCAGAUCCAGCAGGUCAUCGACGGGGGCCUCCUGCCACAGCUGGUGGAGGUCAUCGGCCAGAACCACCUGGACGUGCAGCGAGAGGCGGCGUGGGCCCUGAGCAACCUGACGACUUGCGGCAGCCCUGAGCAGCUCGGGGAGUUGUUGCUGGCGGGAGGGGCGUCCGCGCUGACAUCGGUGCUGGCGGUGAGCGAGACCGGCACGGUCGGCGUGGUCCUCAGCGCCCUGCAGAAGAUUCUCAAGAUCCCUAACUUGCGGAACGAGGCGGUGCGGCAGGUGCGGGUGGCUCAGGGGGUGCAGCGACUGGAGGCGCUGCAAGGGUACGUGGACAGCGACAUCAAGGAACGCGCUACGGAAAUCCUCAAUACAUAUUUCCAGGAAAACACGGAGGGCAGGGACGAGGGGAGCUGAUCUAGGAGGAAAAACUGACAGGAGGGACAUCGAACUCCACCACAUAAUCUCUCCUCAUCCGAUGCCUUACGGACACCUGCAGAGGAUGUGCCUUUGUGAUGAGCAGCGCCAUUUGUGUGCUGCUGAGAGGGCUGGCGGUGUUGUCGUGCUGCGAGUAAAGCUUCUCAACACUCGUCUCUUGUCUUUUGUCCUCCUCGUUUUCUCGUCUUCGGCGCCUUUGGUC